ACCUAGAGGCGAGAACUUCGGCCCGUUUCUAAAAAGUUAGGUUUCGUUUCGCUCUGCGCAAACGGCCUCUGAGGAAACGGAAGGCCGCACAACGAACGAGAGGAAAAGGUGGAGCCAGCAAUGCCAAUAUGUCUGGGAUGAUGCAGUUCUCAGUGGGAGUCAUGCCGGGUUGCCAAGCAGACAAUCUGCCCUGCGCAACAGGAAGUGAUGUUAAGUACAGAGAAGAUGAGAAAUUGGCAUCCUAUCCAGCAGAAAGCCCCGAGAGAGCCUUGACUGGGGUGAAUUUGUACCUGGAAUCUAAUGAAUCUGUUAACAGAUGUGUCUGUCUAGAGAAGAAGUGGAUACUGUGGCAUGAAUUCAUAAAGGAUCACUCCUGCUUUACUGACUGGCUACAGCUGGCUGAAAAGUCAGCAAGAAGACCACGUUCUGCUGUCAUCCUUUAUAUCACUGCAAAAGAGGACCUAAAGAGAUAUCAGGACUUGCAGGUUGAAAUCAGAAGCCGUCUGGCCCAGCUGGAUAGCCUAAAUGAGCAGCACCGUGUCCUGGCCCAGCACUUCAGGGGAGUCAUGGCCCAUCGGCUCACCAGCAUGGUGCUUGACUCCAGUCGGCGCUGGGAUGUCCUUAGCAAAACUGUGGAAAAUGCUUGCCAUUCUCUCAAGCACUUUGUGGCCCAAAGGGAGGAGUUUGAAAGCCAGUGUGAUGAGAUGGCCAUUUGGCUGGCUGACAUGGACCUGCGGUUGACAGAGGUGGAACACUUCUCAGGGAAGGACACUUAUCAAAAGAUGCAGCAGUUGCAGAGCUUCCAGGAAGCAGUGGGAGGGAAUGUCGUUCGUCUAAAUAAGCUUCUGGAGAGAGGUGAGGCCCUUAUUCAGCACUGUGAGCCAGCAGAUGCACAGGAAAUUGAGGAAUCGCUUCAGGAACUCCUACUUUACUGCAUCCGGGUGUUCGAGGGGGUGGGCAGGCUACACACCCGACUGCUCAGCAUGAGAUUGGUGUUUGAGGAAGACUGGUUGCUAGCCGCUGUUCCUGUCAUGACGGACUCCUCCAAGGCUCUGCAGGAGGAUGAGGGUAUUUUUGAGAAGAGCAGUAUCUCUGAACAGUUUGAGCCAAACCACUCAGACAGCAUGGAUCACCUAGUGUUGGAAUGGGACCCCUCUGUGGAUAUAGGUGGUUCUGUUUCCCAUGAUGAUGCUGACUCAGAUUAUUCCAGCGCCAUCACAGGGUUGCACUGGGAUGAGCCUGUAUCCAGGGAUACUACGAGGAGGAGCUACCGCACUUCUAAGGACUCUAGACUAGACAUGGCUGAGAUGACCGCAGGAAGCAGCAUCAGAGAGGCCAUCCCAGGUGCCUGUGUGUUGGCUAAGGCCCCAGAGUCCGAGCAAAACUCCCCAAAUGUAACAAAUACGUUACAUAAUGCUGGAGAAGAACCACUUUGCCUAGCAACCCAGACAUCCCCCUGGAUUGACAGAUGCUUUCCUGAGCCAGUAACCUUUGACCCAGACCGUAUUAGUGCCUGGUUAGGCCAGACGUUCACACACGGGCCUAACGCCCCAGCAAGGAGCCCCUGUUUAAAAGGUGUCCAGACUGAGUGUGCAGCACAGUUUCUGAAAGAGAAGGAUGACCAUCCAGGCAUUUCGGAGGAUAAGGUCAACAUAGAAAAUGGAUUUAACAAGCCAUCACCAGGGUUAUCAAGGUCUAGCCCAUGGCUGCUGGGGGCCUCUCACUUUGCCUGGAUGCUGAAGGCCUCAACACUGCUGUAUGUUCUGCUGGCUCUGCUGCUGGGGUUUUGGGCCAGCCUCCACCAACCCAGACUGGAGUCCGGCUGUCACCACAGCAGCUCCCUGGCCCGUUCCUUUCACCUUAUGUUGCACUACGUUAACGGGCCACCCCCUACCUGAUCACCAAUAUCCCUGCCAUCCUGUGGAUCCGCCUUCUCGAAAAGGAGCAUUUGUCCUACUAACAAAAUAAGUGGGUUAGACUCCUUUCUGUUUUGACUUGACUGACACUGUCAUGCACUUCAAACAAGAGGUUUUGUGUACUUAUAUUAGGAAUCUGUUAGAACUAUGUUGAAAAAGAUUGUAAGCUUACCGAUAUAAUGUAGUUGUAAUUUUUGUGCAAUUGACAAGCUGUUUCAGUCAACGUGUGUGUGUUUUUCAAUGUUUUAUUAUAUAUCUGAUUUAUGUUUUAAUUGUGUUAAAUGUGCAAUGUUCCAUCAUGUCAGCACUGAUAACAAGGGUCUCACUCCAAGAUUUCCUAAGUAGUGAAAUGUCAGCUAAUGUGCCUUCAAGACAUACUGCCUCAACUUUCUACUAUUAAAUGAGCUUUAAGAUCUGUGCUGUCUGCACAAUGCUGAUGUAUAAGAUACUGCUCUCCAGGAGGACUUGUAAUGUCAGAAACCCAUUAAAUAUGUCAUUGUAUAUCCUCCUACAAAUGUUAAUACUUGUCAAAUUUCAUAUUUUAUCUUAAAAUCAGUAUGUUUACUUGGCACAGAAAUUAACUCGUAAGAAGUUUGAAAUAUUGUUUGCACUUCUUUCAGAAGAAAUCCUCAGUUUUAUAAUUAGAACACAAAGUCUUUAGACUAAAUGGACUCCAUCCCAAAGACCUGAUUUAUUACUAGCUUACAUAACACUUCCUUUUAGAGAUGUUGGUUUAGUGGGAUUAUACACAAAAUGGGUGAGACACUUAGCCAAGGUUAUUUUGGUCUGCUUUAUCUUCUGACUUACAGGUACUUGAAACGCAUGUAAAUAUUCAGCUGUUUUGUACCGUAUUGAUUUUGCAC